AUGAAGUCCGCCAUCUUCUGCGCCGUGGUCCUGCUGUGCGUCGCCGGCGCCAGCGCCAACGGCCUGCCCGACGUCAGCGGCCUCAUCAACCAGAAGUUCGACCUGCUCAACGGGCUCCUCAAGACCCCGGCCGGCCUGAUCAGCCAGGGCACUGAUGCCGCCCAGGCCGUGCUCAAGGCCAAGGUUGACUUCAUCAACCAGGUCACCAAGGCCGUUGACAUCAACGCCCUCCUGGCCCAGAAGACCGCCACCAUCAACUCCGUGAUCUCCUCCGUCACCUCCAAGGGUGCUGCCCCGGCCAAGGCCGCCGCCCCCGCCAAGGCCGCCGCCCCCGCCGAUGCCGCCCCCGCCGCGGCCACCCCCGUCGCUGUUGAUGUGGCCGUCGAUGCUCCCGCCCCCGCUGCUGGCGGUGCGACCGAGGUGGUUGUCGCCGAGGCUGCGCCCGGCGCUGCCGCCGCGCCUGCUGCCAAGGCCGCGCCCGCCGCCAAGACUGCGCCUGUCGUGGCGAAGCCCGAGCCCAACGUUGUGCCUGCGGGCCCCAAGCCCUAG